UUUGUUCUGUCCACAAUUUGUACUGUGAGGUUUAGCUUGACAAGUUUGCUUUCCAGUUGUGUAGAUUUGUUUGUCCUGCUUACUGUUCGAUCACGUUCAAGUGCAUGUUUUGUCAGAGCGCCUUGACUGUCGCUCGUUGUGCAGCCUUUGCUGAAAUGUACAUGUACAUGUAUCACGAGAAGACAGACAUUUUGCACGAAAGCGCAAAAUGGACUUUUUCUCCCAAAGUGGUACUAAGUUUCCGUGUCUCCGGCGCGGUUGUGCGUGUUGAUACACACGCCUGUCGAUUACUGUAGGCUGUAACAGAGACCCGGCCGUUAAUGCCAAGUACAUGUAGGGUCCAGUUGGAUCCGACGCCAGAGGAAAGACAUGCCCAUAACACGAUAGCAAGAGCUUGUUUGGUGGGUGUAGACGAACCAACGCAGUGCAUUGGGCCAGAAGUGUUGCCGGAAUACUGCGUAUGAUCAUGUUCAAAGCUGUUGGGUUUCUCUAAACAGCACCGAUCAGUUGAACCUGUCACGACUGGACAGUGUGGAGAAAAGACUCGAGAGAAGAAAAGAGGUUCAUUGGAAAGUCAUCUAGAUCUGCGAACCAUGUGUGACUUCGACUGAACAAACUGUGACGAAUGACAAGUUUCAGCGUACAGACGAAAUGAAUUCGAAAGCUACCGGAAAAGCGAUCAUCUAGUAGGUAUGGCCAGAUCACCUGAUGGCGGUUGGAGUAUUAUUAUCGUCAUAGCCACCAGCGUGUGUCUCUUUCUCACGGUCGGGAUGACACGAUGCGUCGGCGUGCUUUACUCCAGUUGGAAGAGCGAAUUCGAAACGUCAGCUGCCAUGACCGGAGCACUGGCCAGCAUUGUCCUAGCAUGUGCUCAUUUCAUUUCCCCCAUUGGAGCCAUUGUCUGCCGUGGUUUGGGAUGCCGUGUCACCAUGAUUCUCGGCGGGACAUUGACGGCUACCAGUCUGUUGAUAAGUAGUUGGGCGCAGAACAUCUACCAAAUGUACGUUUUGCUCGCGGUGGCAGGAUUCGGUAUAGGACUUGGGUUUGUUGCCGGAUUAGUUGUGGUGGCGAUUUACUUCAAAAAGUACUACAAAGCCGCCAAUGGCGUGGCGAGCUCUGGCAUUGGGAUAGGAUUGGUCGCGUUCCCGCCUCUCUUACAACUCUUAUUGGAUUCUUAUGGAUGGAGAGGAACAUUGGUUAUCAUGGCAGGGAUCACGUGCAAUAUCUGCGUCGGUGGUGCCCUCUUCCGCCCGCUGCACUCCUCUAAAAAUAACAAUGAACAAUCGGAACGCUCAGGCAACGAAGCAAUUGCCAUGCAACAACAGAAUCAAACAGAGAACGAAGAUGAAGUAACGAUAUGUCAACCUCAUGUCCAACGGAGGCAUCGUUGUGCAUGUGCACUUCUUUCGCCCGUUGCCAAGUCGCUUGGUCUGCACUUGUUGCGCAACUGGAGUUUUACGUUUUUCUGUUGGAUCAAUAUUUUGGCCACAAUGCCAUACAUUUGCUACCUCGUCUUUAUAUUCCCCCGGGCAUCGGCUGUCGGUAUAUCCGACCAGGCCUCUUCGCUGGUGGUCAGCGUGCUGGGAAUCACCAGCAUCUUCGGGCGUCUGAUCAGCGGCGUCUUGAUCAACUGGAAAUUCUCCAGCGUCAAGGUGUUCGCUGCGGCGCUGCUCUUUUGUAGCGGGGCCACUUUGCUGACCCAACUCGAAAUCGUCUGGAGCUUCGUAGCCUCCAGCUGCCUGAUGGGCUUCUUCACGGGGGUGACGCAGGCCACCACCUCCGUAGUUGUCCGUCAAUGCGUCGGCAACGACAACAUUGGCACGGGCAUUGGCAUGUGCUUUUUCUUUAAUGGCAUAGCCGACUUGGUUGGACCGAUCAUGACAGGUCCGUGUCCACGUUGUCUGAGCACAUGUAGGCUUAUACUUACCAACAUUCUGGCUCUCGAUGUGAACACUAAUGCAAAGUGAAUUUUAUGUGGUGGGGCCAAGUUCUUACAAUUUUCAAAAGGAUCGCCAGUUCGUAGGCACAUGCUUUGCUGGCGCCAAAUUCAGUUCACAUUCGCUUGUUUCUCUGCCUAGACUUAUUUUUUUUUUUUUGCGAAAUUACAGGCAUGCCAGUCUAUGCGACAUUUCGCAGACUAGUUGGGAUGGGUGUCGAGUGGGCCACGUCACUCGGGUAAUUAAGUUAUAUCGAGCAUUAACAGUGAAUGUAUUUAUCUGGAAACAUAAACCUGUAGGCUAUCGAUGCAUAACUGUAAAGAUAUAACUGUCAGGACCCAGUGAAAAGGAUGACGUUGAGUGCAUACUUGCUUGCCGAUCAGUAACAUUCUAUACAUGCAUCCGAACUCUCAUGAU